UUUGAAAAUAAAAUGUUUUUACACAUUUUAAUCCUUUUACUUUCAAUGAAUAAUAGUUUAUUAGCAUAUCCAUCGGACUUUGUAUUCCCGGAUUCACUAAACAAUUUGGAUUUUAAAAGACGAGUAAGCAGUGGGAUGUAUACAUCAAUCGCUCCCGCAGCAAUUAUUACUGAAUAUUCAACUACAAAUCCUUUAACAACAGAAGAAUCACAAGAUGAAUUAGAAAAAUCAACUAAAAUAUUUCAAGAAAUCAUAAAUACAACAGAAAUUCCUUCAAGCACAACGAACGAAUUGUUUGAAAUAUCAAAUAGAACUUUAAUUGACUCAAGAAAUGUUUUUGAUACUCCUUGUGUAGCAGGAUAUCGAAGAGACAGGAAUAAUAUUUGUCGGAAGGUUUACAAAAAAUGA